AUGGUGUACCAUUUCCGGCAACGUCUUGAUAAGCUGUUUGCUAAAGGGAUCGGCAUGCUGGAUGUGGCUCUAACAGAGGCCUUCAACCUCCUCAAUGAUUUUAACCAGACGGGGAGAGGCAGUGUGUGUAGCCAGGCCAUCAUGUUGGUGACAGACGGAGCAGUGGACACUUACGACGCCGUCUUCGCCAAGUACAACUGGCCCGACCGCAAGGUCCGUAUAUUCCCCUACCUGAUUGGACGAGAGUCAGCCUUCGCUGAGAAUCUGAAAUGGAUGGCUUGUGCAAAUAAAGGCUACUUCACCCAGAUCUCCACGCUGGCGGACGUUCAGGAGAACGUGAUGGAGUACCUGCACGUGCUCAGUAGGCCCAAAGUGAUCGACCAGGAGCACGACACGGUGUGGACCGAGGCCUACAUCGACAGCACCAUGGAUGACGGUCACAGGCCAGUCCUGAUGACGACAGUUGCCAUGCCUGUGUUCAGCACCAAGAACGAGACUCGGAACAGAGGGAUCCUGCUGGGGGUUGUAGGAACAGACAUCCCCGUCUCUGAACUGCUCAAGACCAUCCCCAAGUACAAGCUGGGCAUUCAUGGCUACGCGUUCGCUAUCACCAACAACGGCUACAUCCUCACACACCCGGACCUCAGGCCUCUGUACGAGGAGAGUAAGAAGCGCAGGAAGCCCAACUACAGCAGCGUGGAUCUGUCCGAGGUGGAGUGGGAGGACAGGGAUGACAUUCUGCGUAACGCCAUGGUGAACCGAAAGACAGGGACUUUCUCGAUGGAGGUGAAGAAGACUGUGGACAAAGGGAAACGUGUGCUGGUGUUACAUAAUGACUACUACUACACAGACAUCAAGGGGACUCCCUUCAGCCUCGGGGUGGCGCUCACCAGAGGCCACGGCAAGUACUUCUUCAGAGGAAACGUCACUGUGGAGGAAGGUCUGCACGACCUGGAACAUCCUGAUGUGGCCCUAGCAGACGAGUGGACCUACUGUGACACGGACGAGCACCCUGAACAUCGAUACCUGUCCCAGAUAGAAGCCAUCAAACUCUACCUCAGCAGACGAGAGACACACCUGUCCUGUGAUAAAGAGCUGGUGGAGGAGGUUCUGUUUGACGCUGUGGUCACAGCCCCUCUGGAGGCCUACUGGACCAGCCUGGUGCUCAACAAGUCAGAGAACUCUGAUAAAGGGGUGGAGAUUGCCUACCUGGGCACUCGCACUGGUCUCUCCAGGAUCAACCUGUUUGUCCCCCCAGACCUGCUCAUCAAUCAAGACUUCCUGACAGCUGAAGACAAAGAGGGGGUGUUCAACGCCGAUCACUUCCCCCUGUGGUACAAGAGAGCGGCUGAACAGGUUCCGGGCACCUUCGUGUACUCCCUGCCCUUCAGCACAGGGUCAGAGAAUAAAAGCGUUGUGUUGGCCAGCACUGCCAUUCAGCUACUGGAUGAGAGGAAGUCACCUAUUGCUGCUGCUGUGGGGAUCCAGAUGAAACUGGAAUUCUUCCAAAAGAAGUUUUGGACAGCUAGCCGACAGUGUGCUGCAUUGGAUGGGAAGUGCUCAAUCAGCUGUGACAACGAGAACAUCAACUGUUACCUCAUUGACAACAAUGGCUUCAUCCUGGUGGCUGAGGAUUACACCAUGACAGGAAAGUUCUUUGGGGAGGCAGAAGGGGCAGUGAUGAAUAAGCUACUUAUAAUGGGCUCCUUUAAGAGGGUAACUCUGUAUGACUACCAGGCCAUCUGCUGGAUCUUCUCAGAGAGCAGUGACAGUGGCCACACACUGCUCGAUCCCUACUUUGCCUUUAUCGCCAUGAUGAAAUGGCUGUUAACAGAGCUCAUCAUAUUCUUGGUGGAGUUUAACCUGUACAGCUGGUGGUACUCUGACCUCACUACGAAAGCUCAGAGACUGGGCCGGACCAUGUUAGUGCCGUGUGAUACAGAGUACCCUGCCUUUGUCUCAGAAAGAACCAUCAAAGAGACCACAGGAAACAUCGACUGUGAGGACUGCAUCAAAUCCUUUGUGAUCCAGCAGAUCCCCAGCAGUAACCUCUUCAUGGUGGUGGUGGACAACAAGUGUGACUGCGAGUCUGCCGAGCCAAUCACCAUGGACCCCAUUGAGAUCAUGUAUAACGAGUCUCUGAAGUGUGAGAGGUUAAAGUAUCAGAAGGACCGCAGACGCCCAGAUACCUGCCACCCCUUCCACCCUGAGGAGAACUCUAUGGAGUGUGGAGGAGCCCUGGGGCUCAGCCCGUCGCUCACGGCAACGCUGCUCUGUGUGUCCCUGGCACUGUUUCUCAGGUGACCAGAACUGGCCACGCCUCCCAACCCAGAGCUUAGCUUGGAUUGGUUCGGCUCGGCAUGCAAGUGAACCCCAUUUACGCCAACGAUGAAUACCCCCCCCCUCUCCCCCUUUUACAGUUCCGAUCAGACCCAGCACCUGGUCCCUAGACAUACCUGCUCCCUAAUGGCCUAUCGACGGGCCUCCAUCUAGAAACACAAGGGUUGAAUGAGCUGAAGUCACUUGUAACUGAUGGAGUUUGUUAGGGAUAGCAGAGUCAUUUGCCAAGGAACGUGAACAAAAAAAGACUUUUUUAAUGAAUGUUUGUCCUAAAAAUGUGAUAUUUAUUAGUUCCACCCUGCCCUUCUCUGGUUCAUGUGGUGUAUUAUCCCCAUAUUAAUGUUGGAACCAAGUCCUCUCCAGUCAGCUCUGGCAGUUUCUAGGGGCUAGGCGCUAGGGUUAGGUUUGGAACUGGGUCAUACAAACACCUGGUCAGAAACACCGCAAAGGAGAGAGAGAGAGAGAGAGAGCUAGAGAGAGAGAUGCACACUUUCCCCUAAAGAAGUAUGUCUACUCAUGGGCAUUUAUCAUGAAUACAAAAAAGAAAAGAUGAUCAUAUGUAGUGGCUGGUGAUGUUUGUCGACAAUGAUUUUUUGAAAACUACUGAUGAGAAGAAAACAUAAAAGAUUGAUAGAUGAAAUGUUAUAUAUAAUAAAAAAGAAAGUAUUAUUUAUCAUUUGCAAGUGGUACCCAUAAACUGUGACAAUGAGACUGAGUCGUCUAACAUGAGUGGUUAUAAAUAUUUGAGCUUUUUGCCUUAUUGAACGAUAUUGGUCCUGUUUAUGUACUUUUGAAAUAAAA